AUGGCCCCAAUCACUUCGCCCCUGAAGGUACACUUCCGCCGCGACCGCUCCAUCACCCAGCUCAUGCUGGAAAAUAUCUGUAAUACGGACCCUGGCAAAGUCAUUUGCGAGGACACUUUGUCCGACAAGCGUUUGACUUAUGGAGGUGUGCGCGAGGAUGCUUUCCGGCUGGCAGAAUCCUUGCGCAGGGCGUAUGGACUUCAACCCGGCGAUGUGGUGUCUAUUAUCUCCAGAAGCUGUGUCGACUAUAUCCUUGCCACUCAUGCAGUUUGGGCCGCCGGUGCCACGGUGAGCACGAUCAACCAUUCAAACACGACGAAAGACAUUGCAUUCGCCAUCGGGAUCGUGAAGCCCAAAAUCAUCAUUGUCGACGCGGCCGUCAAGAAGAAAGUAGAUGACGCCGUAAAGCAAGAUCAGUUUCAGAUCACGAUCUUGACCCUCCUGUCCCGCGUGCCUGGCCACGCUCUGUUUCCAGACGAGCUUCUUCUCGACCCCGGUGCCAGGAUUUCCCCCGAAGCGUACGUACUCGAUGGGCAAGACGCACAUAAGCGGUGUGCUGCCAUUGUACUUUCCAGCGGCACCACCGGUCUUCCCAAGGCCGUCAUGCUCUCUCACUAUAACCUGACAGCCAUCUGCGAGAUGCUUCGUCUCCACGACCGGAACAAUUGGAGAGGGGACAUGAGAGAGGUGUUCUUCCCGGUAAGCACUUAUGGAGAGUUCACCUACUUUGCAUAUGUUUCUCACAUCUACGGCAUGUACGUCUGCGCGCUGCUCGGGCCGUGGCUAGGAUGCUACAUUCAAUUGAUGCAUGCAUUUGACAUGGGAAUAUUCUGCCAGGCCCAUGUUGCCUCCAAACUCCGCGAGAGGUUUCCAGGCGUCAGCCUCUGUCAAACGUACGGAUGUACUGAGACGUCCUCAUGUAUCACCCAAAGCGGCGUUCGGGACCGGGAUGCUCCGCUAGUAGCAACUGGGACUCUGGUGGCCAACAUGGCGAUUCGAUUCAUCGACGAUAGCCUUCAAGAAGUGGCGCCGGGCACGCCGGGAGAGAUUUGUGUCUCUUGUCCCACCAUCAUGAUGGGGUACAAGGACAACGAAAAGGCAACCCAAGAGAGCUUCCUAGAGCCGGGCUGGUACCGGACCGGCGACGUUGGCUAUUUGGAUAAGAAUGGGUAUCUCAUCAUCGUCGACCGGAUAAAGGAUGUGAUCAAAUAUAAAGGAUUCCAAGUCCCUCCGAGCGAGCUCGAAGAAAUCAUCGGCCGCCACCCGCACGUCCACGACGUCGGGGUCGUCGCCGCCUGGGCCGACGCCGAGGCCACCGAGCUCCCACGGGCAUUUGUGGUCGCAGAUCCCGCAUUAGCCGUGAGCGCGUAUCCGCGCCUCGCCGACGAGAUCUGCAAGCUCGUCGCGGAUCAGGUGGCUGGGUACAAGAGGUUGCGGGGCGGUGUGAGAUUUGUACAGAGACUGCCAAGGAACCCGACGGGGAAGCUGUUGAGAAGACAGUUGAGAGUUGAGCAGGAGAGGGGAGAGAGUGCCGGUGGGCAAUUGAAGGGUAAGAUAUGA